AUGCUCUUCGCAGCUGCAGGCUGCACCAUUGCAACUACUGUCAUCACACUUUCUUUAAUCACGCUACAUCUUCGGCGGUAUCGCGCACCCAAGGAACAACGCCAGAUCAUCAGGAUCACCUUCAGCGUGAUUCUUUACGCCGUCGUUGCGUUCUUCGAAGUUUACGACUACCGUGUGGCGGAAUACAUCGACCCAGUUGGCGAUCUCUACGAAGCUUUCGGACUCUGCGCGUUGUAUCUGCUCUUCAUUGAGUAUGCCGCGCCUUUUGGCACGUACAACGAUGAGCUCUUCGUGGCCGUCAAGGAAGCGGAAGAGGUUCGGUCAGUGUAUGACUGGCCGCGCAUCUGUUGGAUCUUCGUCUUUCAAUAUCCGAUUUGCGAGACAAUAUGCUUCGCUAUCAUACUCUCAACGGAAGCUACGGGAGGUUACUGCACGAACAGCCUUGAGCCGCAGUUCGCCCACUUAUGGGUGGAAAUCCUACAGUCCGUCGGCAUCGGCGCGUGCGUGAUUGCCAUUCUGGCGUUCAGAAACCGGAUGAAGCAGCUCAUGAAGUGCCGUCGGGCGCUUGCGAAGAUUCUUUGCUUCAAAGUCAUCGUCUUCAUCCGCUUUACGCAGGCUUGGGUAUUCAGCUUGCUUCUGCAAUACAAGGUCGUUACAACUGGCGAUUCGUUCUCUUACAAUGACAUCCUAUGGGGUAUCCCGGGGCUUGCAACAUGCGCAGAGAUGGUGCUCUUCGCAACCGGUUUCUGGUACGCAUUCAGCUCGACUGAGUAUGGCUCGUCUGCGAAGCCACAGGACCGCCCGCUUCCGCUCCGGAAAGCUGUUCUGGAUGCCCUCAAUCCUACGGAUCUCAUUGUAGGCAUCUACAGAAUCUUUCCGCUGGUGUUCGAAGUGCAUCGUAACGGAGAUUGGAGGAACUGGCGCAUAGCCAGCCGCGAAGAAGGUAUGCACGGAGCAGUCCGCCGUGGCGUGCGGAAGCUCAAGAACAGAAAAGGGGGAAGUCAAAGCGGAUUUCAUGAACUUGACGAGAGCCUGGAGGAGCUUAAGCUGCCUACACAGUCAUAUUACGCUCGAUCAGAGUCACCUGCGGCCGGGAUAGCGACAGUAUCUCAUAUCACAGGCGAGGCCCGAACCCCAAACGCUUACCCAGAGGAGGCUAGGAGCUACCUCAUAGUACAAACUGGAGGUGAUCGGUCAACGUCACCGUCGCAAGUACGGUGGAAUGGGCAGGGCUACGAGCGUACGCCAUCUUCAGGCGCAACCGUCGUGUUUCCUGCUUCCCGGUGA